UUGCUUUUCUACUGAUUCAUUCAGUUAUCCGCGUCUGUGUUGACGUUCAGCUACUCGGGCACCACCUCGGUGUAAAUAAAAACGUUAGUUCGCAAAGUUACAUUCAGUUGUUCUCUGCAACACCGUAACGUUAAACUGCACACGACCCAAUGUAAUGGUUUUAAGUCCCUGCAAUAAGUCUUAACACUGCUGUAAACAUGUACUUACUGUCUCUGAAUAUUUCCAAUACAUUUUAAACGUAUUUUUAAGCGUUUGACACAUACACAUCAAGCAUAUGUGUCAUAUAUAAGAUAUGUAGACCUUUGACUGUUAAACUGAUAAGCUAACGGUUGCGAAAUGUCCUUCAUCCUAAAUAGGCUGACUCAGACAAGCUCAAAACAAGUUUGUGAAAGUUGGGGACAUCUUGUUUUUUCCACAUUAACAUUCCACAUGUUUUAGAGUAGGUUUAUUUCGGUUGUUUAUCGACUUGUUACUGUUGUUGACUUUUCUGAGUUCAGCUGGUCACUAAAAACUGCUAGUGAGUGGUUACUGGUUUAUUGCUCUGACAGUCCUCACCUACUUAUCUGCAUUGUCGUGAAUGGGAAAACCGAACACUCUCUAUUUGAACUAAAAGCGCAAUGAAUAGCCUUCCAAUAAAAUAUUUACAGGAACAUAACGUUUAUUGCAGCCUUUGCUCUGUAACCUUUAAGACAUGGUUACCAUUGCUUUCCCGUUGUUAAAAUGUAAGCAUUUGGUACAGUAAGGAGAGAAACUUUAACCUCUUUUCUCAAUUAAUAACUGUCUCCAAGUGAAAUAUUUCGAGUUGAUUUUAAAAGUAUAAGUGGAGACCAAAAUAAGGUCAAUGUGUGGCUGGAGAAGAAAUGUCGACCAAAGGCGUAACCCACCAUUUGCAUACUUACAGGUGAAUGAAAAAAAACCUUACACAACCAGGAUGUUGUUUUUGGCCAUGUCAGGCCAAACUGGUGCCCGGCGAGUUGUGACUGCAGCUCGAGGGAAAUUUACGAAGGAUGGCAGAUGCCGAUUUACUUGUUUGCCAGAACUUGUUCACAGGACUAGAAACCAGUCCUCCUCAAACCAUCACAGAUGUUUAAGUACCACAGCGAGUCACUGGAAUGCUUCAUCAUCACCGACAGCCAAUCAGAAAACCCCAUCCUACAGCUAUAUCGUUGUAGGGGCAGGGUCAGCGGGCUGUGUCCUUGCCAACCGACUCAGUGAGGACGCCCAUGAGUCUGUGCUUCAGCUGGAGGCUGGGCCUAAGGACAUGUUGCUAGGCAUCAAAAGACUCUCAUGGAAGAUCCACAUGCCAGCUGCACUGACCUACAACCUCUGCGAUGACAAGUAUAACUGGUACUACCACACUGUACCUCAGGCUAACAUGGACAACAGGGUGUUGUACUGGCCGAGGGGCCGCGUCUGGGGCGGGUCCUCUUCACUUAACGCCAUGGUGUACAUCCGCGGACACGCUGAAGACUACAAUCGCUGGCAGAGAGAGGGGGCCGACGGCUGGGACUAUGAACACUGUCUGCCUUACUUUAGGAAAGCUCAGUGUCAUGAGUUGGGAGAAAACAAGUACCGGGGAGGCGAUGGACCUCUUCACGUGUCCAGAGGGAAGACCAACCACCCCCUGCACAAAGCCUUUAUUGAGGCGGGGCAGCAGGCAGGAUACCCCUUCACCGAUGACAUGAACGGAGAGCAACAGGAGGGCCUGGGCUGGAUGGACAUGACUGUUUACAAAGGGAAGAGGUGGAGCACAGCCAGUGCCUACCUGAGGCCCGCCCUGGGGCGACCCAACCUGACAACAGAGGUUCGCUGCCUGACCACCAAGAUCCUGUUCAAUGGCAACCGAGCCGUGGGUGUGGAGUACACACAGAAUGGAGAAAAGAAAAGGGCGUUUGCAGAAAAAGAGGUGAUAUUAAGCGGAGGAGCCAUCAACUCCCCUCAGCUUCUCAUGUUGUCUGGGGUGGGAAAUGCUGAUGACCUGAAACAACUCGGCAUCCCUGUGGUCCAGCACUUACCAGGUGUUGGCAGUAACCUGCAGGAUCAUUUGGAGCUGUACGUCCAGCAGCAGUGCACCCAGCCCAUCACCCUGUACAAGGCACAGAAACCUUUCCACAUGGUCAAGAUAGGCCUGGAGUGGCUCACCAUGUUCACUGGUUAUGGAGCAACAGCCCACCUGGAGAGUGGAGGGUUCAUCCGCAGUCGUCCACACAUCACACACCCGGACAUCCAGUUUCACUUCCUGCCAUCGCAGGUUAUCGACCAUGGGCGAGUUGCCUCCAAGAUCGAGGCAUAUCAGGUUCAUGUGGGACCGAUGAGGAGCACCAGUUUCGGGUGGAUGAAGCUGAAGAGCGCCAACCCUUUGGAUCACCCCAUUCUCCAGCCCAACUAUCUCUCCAACGAUGUUGAUGUGUUUGAGUUCAGGCAGUGUGUCAAGCUCUCCAGAGAGAUUUUUGCCCAGAAGGCCUUCGAACAAUACCGCGGUCCCGAAGUCCAGCCUGGUCUCGAGGUCCAAUCCGACUCCGAAAUCGAUGCUUUUGUGCGGCGCAAAGCUGACAGCGCCUACCACCCAUCCUGCACCUGCAAGAUGGGCUCGCCGUCUGACCCUAUGGCCGUGGUUGACUCCAACACGCGCGUCAUGGGGUUGGAGAGGCUUCGUGUGAUCGACGCCUCCAUCAUGCCCAGCAUCGUCAGCGGCAACCUGAACGCUCCGACCAUCAUGUUGGCGGAGAAGGCUGCUGACAUCAUCAGAGGUCGUCCUCCUCUCGCCGACCCAGGGGUUCCCGUGUACCGACCGCCGACACUCGACACACAAAGAUGAACAGAGUGAAGGGUAACAGUAGUAAACAGCUUGUUGUGUGUUGGAUCAGGAUCAUCGGCUGAUGAGUAAUGGGAGUGUGUUGCGCCUAAUGUGCACACACAAGGUAGCAUCAGGUGGAUGUGUCAUCACUAGUUAACAAUAAUAAUAUAGGGCUGAUCUGUGCUGUUUUAAUUCAGAGCCUAAAAAUACUCAAUUUUAGCAGUUUAGUAUCAUUGUCACUUUCUUACUUUUGUAAUAAUUUUCGUCUUAUUCUUAAAAUUACAUUUGUAUUUAAUUACAUUAAAGCUAAAAUGAAGAACCGUUUCCCCUCAGGUUAUAAGGUCAGCCAUGUGCUGGCACUUCAUGAAUGAAACAUAGUUGCGUGGAAAGAUGCUAAGUCACUGUGUACAUUAUAGAAAAACUUGACCUAAGUUGCCUGGCAUUACCGUGUUAACACUAUAUCAACUUAGAAUUUGUUUGUGUGUGAAGUUCACAGAUUUUCCAUAUGACGUGGUGCUUACCCUUACUAUGCUUCUCUUACUCAACGAUGCCCUAACCCUCCUUACCAUAAAAAAACACUUCAACCAUCACACUAAUUUCCUGAGAAUACCCGUGGAGUAAGUUUCAUGUAAUUAGCAACAUGACAUUACAUGUUUAAAAAGGCUUUCAACAACACUUAGCUUAAACCACUAUAAGUCAAAUGUUGACAGAACCGACUUCUUUGUUCUCAUAGUGCCACCAUUCGUGGUCAGCCUCGGUAGAUUAUAUCUUUUUUGGCAACAUCCAGAGUGUGGCAUGAGUGAUCAUUACUCUUGUCUGGCUGUUAAUCAGCAGGCUGUCAGCUCAAACAGCCUCAGCCGCACGUUUUCUGGUUUGAUCUGCUCACCGUCACCAUGGUAACAUUCCCCUUCCUUCCUGGUAUCUUACUGAUUCAACAGUUCUAGGAAAUGCGGCUUUUGUUGGUUUGUUAGGCCUGUUGUAAUCAAGCUAAGGGGCUUUUUUCCAGGCUGAAUGACUUGUUUCCAGGAACAUUUCUGGUAAAAGUCCAAAUCACAUGAGUUUACGUCAACUAGGAAUUUCUUUCAUUUAUGACAGGCCUACAGACAACAGUCCUUUUGUAAACCCCCUCACAAAGCAGUGGUGGAUAGUAACAGAGUACAUUUACUCAAGUACUGUACUUUACCUGAGUAGUUUCAGUUCAUUCUACUUCAUGCUUCUAGAUUUUGCAAGCUAAUAUUGUAAUUUUUACUCCACUACAUAUAUUUGACAACUUUAGUUACCAUUUUUCAUUUAGCUUAUUAAGUAAUUCAACAUCUAAAUGAAUUAUUAAAUAAACUAUGACAUAUAAAUAAUUAUUUAAGUUAAAAUAUGCAGCCACAGUAUAUAGAGCAGUUCAAAUUAUCUUUACAUUUACAAGCUGUGAGAAACCGUGAAGCACACAUUAAUGCAUCAAUAAUCAUAAUCCUGUAAUUAAUUUGCCUUAACACAGUAUGAGUACUUUCACCUUUAAUACUAUGUAUUUUGUAUAUUUUGAUGACAGUACUUAAGUACUUUUACUUAAGUAAGGUUUUAAAUGCAUUACUUUUACUUUUUAACAGAGUAUUUGUACAAUUUGGUAUUGCUACUUUUACUUAACCUAAAUACAGUAUGAAAUUCAAAUGGAAUCUUUUGAAGAUAAAUAACUAUUAUUGAUAAUACCAUAUGUGCCUGUAUGUUGAAUUACUGUUGAUACUGUGUUACUGAUAUACAUUUUAGAAUCAGCUUACUAAAAAUUGUCCAUGAAGUGCUUAUUUUACAUGUGUGUUUUUUGUUUUAAGCUGUGCUGUGAGUGCUAAUUACAGGAAUUCCAAUGUGUCCUAUUGAGCUUUGCACUAUACUCUAUACUAUGAAGUAACAUUACAGUGUUUACAUUAUGAGCUGUGCUUACUAAAUGUUGGAAUCAUGUGUGUCCUAAAGAAGGAUUUUUAAGGGAACAUUAUCGUGAAAGUUCUUUAUAUUUGUAGUCUUCCAAUAAUGAUUGUAAACAAACACAAGAGCCAGCCUAACUUUAUCCUCUUGACUUUAUUCAGUGAUCCUUACAAAAAAAAUCUCAGCAGGUUCAUUGUCAAGAUUUCAAAUGUACAAAACAGUGUUUGAUUUUCAUUGGUACAAAAUCUAUAAGGUACUAGAACUUAUGCUACAAGUAGAUAGAGCUAUAUUGUUUAAUUUCCAUACAACAAAUGGGUAGAAAGCUGAUUUUUUUAUUUUUACAAACACUGUACAGAUUGUAUACAUGGACAUCUGUACGGCAGGGGAACAGUACCAAAAAAAAAAGUCUAAAUGCAACUGAAUAGAUGAAUAAACAGCAGAUGAUUAUAUUUUCUGGUGUUGUUGGCAGUAAUUAAAUGAUCAAACACUGAAUUACAAAAAUGUUGGGUUUGUUCUGUUAAGAAUGAUCUGUUUUUUCCAUCACAGGUUCUUCCUAAAGCAUGUGAGUAAUAUGGCUUUUAACAUGAUCUUAAUUACUCUAAACAUUUCUUUUUAAGUCAGCAUAGUUUGGUUGCAUUUACACAAAAUGUAUAGAUUUUAAAUGUAUUUCUUAACGUUGGUUGGUCAGUUCUCACUGGUUCUUAUUCACCUGUCAGUCAAACACUGAGCUGACUUGAGUUUCACAAUUAAAACUUAAAACGUU